AUGGCUAUAAGUGAGUCCUUAAACUCUUUACCUAAUAGAUGCCAACAACAAUUUAAACAAAUAGUACAUCUCUAUGACCAAAGAGUCUAUAAGAGAGCACUAAAAUUAGCAGAUGGAAUGUUAAAAAAAUAUCCUAAUCAAAGUGAUAUACUUGCUAUGAAAGCAUUUAUUCUAGCUGCCUUAUAUACAGAUCCAAAUGAUGCAAGACAUAAAGAAGCAUAUGAAUGUGUAAAAAAAUCAAUAAAAUUAAAUAUGAAGAAUCCAAUGUGUUGGCAUUGUUUAGGAACUUUAUAUCGUAGUGAUCAUGACUAUAAUGAGGCUAAUAAAUGUUUUAAGAAUGCAUUAAAAUUCGAUAAAAAUGAUAUGGUAGUAUUACGUGACCUUGCUACUGUAUAUAUUCAAACUAGAAAUUAUACUGGAUACAGAGAAAAAAGAAAUGAAAUUUUAAAACUUCGUCCAGACUUAAGAGUAAAUUGGGUUGCAGUUGCUAUUGGGAAUCAUUUGUGUGGUUAUUAUAAUAGUGCAAUAAGUUCGUUAAUGUCCUUAGAUAGUAUAGGACAGAGUUGUGUAUAUAUUGAUAAUAAAGAAAAGGAUAGAAUACAAUUAUUUCCAUUUUUAGAUUCUAUACAAGCAUCAGAAUUGAUUUUAUAUUUUGUAAUGAUACUAAUUGAUGCAGGGAGAUAUCAGCAAGCUAUAGAAUUUCUCAAAGAUAAUGAAGCACAGAUAUUGGAUAGAACUAUAUAUUUAUUUACUUUAGGUUAUUUAUAUUUAUAUUGCAAUAUUAAUAUAUUUAGAGAAUCUCAUUUAGUAUUUGAAGAAUUACUAAAAUUAUAUCCAGAUGACGAUUAUGUUAUUUUAGGUUUUAUGAUGACUUCUAAGGAUUUAGAUGGGAUUAUAAUUCCUCCAAAGAAUAAUAUAUUUGAUAUAAAGACUAAAUGUGGUGAGAUAGAGGAAAUUAGGAAACAGGAAGUAAGCUGUACAAUUAGUAAUUUGAAAAUAGAUGUACAUCCUUUAAUUAAAGUAACACAUCAAUAUUUCCAUCCUAGGAGUUCAUCUGGAAUUAUUUACUUUCCUUUAUUUGGCAGAAUUUUAAUUGAUGAACAGGAUGAAAAUUCACCUAAUAAUAUUGAUAAAUAUGGAUGGAAAGAAGUUGAGAGGAUAUCUAAUAAUACUUUUAUGAUUAUAAAUUGUAAUGAGAACAAUGAAGUAUCAUAUGACUAUUCAAUGGAAAUAUUGAAUAAUUUCUUUGAAGAAUUGGAAACUCGAUACCCUAAAAGUGAUUCAAUAAAAAGGAUUGCAAUGGCCGUACUUUCAGAAAAAUAUCUUGAGAAACGUUUUAGAGAAUAUGUUUUAGUUAAAGUAAAUAAGAAUGUAUCUACAUUAUUGUCAACAUUUAAAUAUAUAUGUGAAGUUGAUUUAUCGAAAAGAAAAUUAAUUCAUAAGAUACUAACUAAAAUGGUUACAGAAAAGGAAGAUAAUUUAACAUCAAAUUGUCAAUCUGAUAAUAUAAAUGAGAUAGUGGCUUCACUUUAUAGUAUAUAUGCUCAACAUCUAGAUUGUAUGGGAUAUCCUUUGAAAGGUUUAGAAUUUAUAAAUAAAGCUUUAUCUUUAGUUGAUGAUAGAGCAGAUUAUUAUAGUAUCAAAAGUAAGCUAUUAAAACACUUGCAUAAAUUUAAGGAAGCCUCUGAUAAUAGUGAAUUUGCUAGAACUCUUGAAAAUAAUGAUAGAUAUCUUAAUACAAAAGCUAUUAGUGCUUAUCUUAAGAAUGGAGAUAUUAAUAAAGCAAUUGAACUUGCUAAAAUUUUUACAACUCAACCAGAAGUUAAUAAAAUUAAUAAAUUAAAAAAAGAGUUAUCUAAAGAUAAGAAUGAACAUAGUAAUAAUAAUGAAAGUAUAAAUCUACAAAUAAUCUGGUUCGAUAAAAGAAUAGCAUCAUGUUAUGAGUUAUUAAAAGAUCAAAAAAAGUCCUUAGAAUAUUAUUUCAAGAUUUUAGAUUCUAUAGAUACCAUGUUUCAUGAUCAAUAUGAUUAUCAUUUAUAUUGUUUGAGAAAAUUGACAUUAUCUCGAUAUAUAGAGUUUCUUAGAAUGCAAGAUAAAAUAUUCUCAAUGAAACAAUAUCGUAUUAUUUCUGUAAGAGUUUGGAAGAUACUUUGGUAUAUAUUAUACAGUAAUAUAAAAGUUUGCCAAAAUUUAGAGGAUAAUUUGCAAAAUCACAAUAGUAAGUCAUCUAAUUUUAAUAUACAAGAAAGUACAAAUAAAAAUAGGAAUAACAAAAAAAAUAAAAAUCUGGAUAAAAAUAGUCAAACAAUAACUAGUAGUAAGCUAGAAGAAAGAGUAUUUCAAGAUUAUAAUUUUACUUGGAAUAAAUCUCAUGAAAUAGUUCAACAUCUACGUAGUGAUGCAAUGUUCUAUUGCAAAAGUCAAGUUAUAACAUAUAUACACUAUUUUUUAUCAUUUAAGAUCAAUAAAAUUUCAAGAGAGACAUCUUUGGCAGUUUGUAGUCAAAGUUUACAUCGUCUAUAUAUUCUGGAAAAUUAUAGUGUUAAUAUUCAAGAUAAUUUUGGCCUAUUCCCAACUUUAUUAGGUCAUUUUUGUUUGAAAUUUAUUCCUGAAGUAUUUUCAAUUGAUAUAAAUGAAGAAUCCUCAAACUUAAAUUUUAUAUUAGAUCUUAUUUAUAAACAGAUUUCUGAUUACACAGGUGGAAGAUGUGUUGAUCAAUUAACUGUAAAAUCAUCUUAUAUAAAUUUCUUAUAUGAUAAAUAUAUUAAAAGAUAUGAUUGUAAAUUAAUUGGUCCUCUUAUAGCAAUUUUAAGACUUUAUUCUAUAUCAGAAGAUAUAAAUAACAUAUAUUAUCACUUUAUUACUAGUACUGAUAUUCUUAAAUUGUCAGGAUCUACUCAAAGCGCAAUAUUACUUUACAGAUUACUUUUACUUAUUAAUCAAAUAGAUAAGGCUCAAAUAGUAUUGGAACAUUAUGACUUGUCAAUAAGAUGUUUUGUUGAGGGAAGUCACUGCAAUAUUCCUUUAGGGUCAUCCCCCAUUAUAGAUCAAAUUAAAGACAUUUCAAUAUUGAUAAAUAUACCUGAGAUGGUAUUUUUAGAAUAA